GAGAAAAAGAGAGAGAGAGAGAGAGGGAAGAAUGAACAGAGGGGGAGGAGGAGCCGGAGCAGGAGCCGGAGGUGGGUCCGGCGCCGCGAGCGGACCCACAUCGGCGGCGGCGUUGGCUGCAGCUAAGAAGCAGAAGAAGUGGCUGGAGAGUAUGGAGACUGACAUCGGCACUAUCGUCGACUAUUUCAGUUACCUCGUCAACGUCUCCAGGGUGAGUGAGCCACCUGUUAGGAACUCUCAAGAAGCUAUGAUGAUGGAGAUGCGUGCUGCUAGAAUGGUUCAGGCAUCUGAUUCUCUACUUAAGUUGGUGUCGGACCUGAAGCAGACUGCACUCUUUUCUGGAUUUGCAUCCCUUAAUGACCAUGUAGAGGAAAGAAAGGCAGAGUUUGACAAGCAGGCCGAGAAGACUGACCGCAUGUUAUCUAGAAUUGGGGAGGAGGCAGCUGCCAGCCUGAAGGAGCUUGAAGCCCAUUAUUAUUCUUCAUCUGUACCACAUACACAUGAGAACGACUUGCAGCAAUGACCUUAAAUUUGAAGAAGAGAAGUUGACUGCUAUGGUGCUUUGUUUCUGGAAUCAUGAGUCAUGACACUUCUUAUGUAAACAUAUGCACUAACAUUAUAUGGCUGCACAUUUUGUUCUACUUUGUACUUACCGACCUUUUGAACUCUUAGCCUUGGAAUAGAUUACUUGCUCGGUUAUGUAGCUAAUUGGAAGUUUAAUCUGAAUGCAUAAUUAUGCAAGUAUCUUCUACAUC